CAACCACCACAGAAGCAGGGUGAAGCCCAUGCUGACCUCCGGGAAGUGCUGACAGUUCAUCUUCUAACUUUUAAAAUAUUAAACUCCAACACGUUGAUCUACGCUGAGGUUUUGUUCACGGACCCUUUGUGUAGUUUAGUUCUGAAACAAACCGCCGGAAGUUGAGUGUUUCUCCCCCUGUUAGCAUGUGGCUAGCCGGUGAAGCUAUAUGACUCUACCCGGCUCUGGUCGCCUCUCUUCGGUCUCCUUCCGCCCGGUUGUCCCCUCGCUGGCUCCGGGGACUUCAUGUUGAACCGUCUCCCCGGUGUCCUCGCUCUGUUCCCCCGCCGCCUGCUGCUCUCCUCCCCGCAGACCGUGACCGGAGCCUGCCGCCGCCUCCUCGGCACCAUGGAGCCCGCCGUGGUGAGGUGUCUCCCCGGGCAACCCAAGCUCACCAUCUCCUUCACCCUGGACGGCAGCAAGAAGCAGAUGCUGCGGGACCAGGACGAGCCGCUGGCCAAGGCCCUGGCCCGGAUCUCCAGCGGCUUCGCCAAGGGCCAGGGGAAGGCGAGGAAGAACAAGAGGCGGAAGUCCCAGCAGCAGGAGCCGGGCGACGCCCCCCAGCCUGCCGCCGUGGUGAAGCUGUUCUUCGGCGGGGACGAGGUGCCCGACACGGAGCUGAACGCGGAGGCCUGGCGGGACGGAGCCGUGCUGCAGGUGGGAGACCUCCAGUUCUCUGUGCACAGGAACUCUCCCACCUUCACCACCGCAGAGCUCCCGGUGUCCCUGCUGGCCGAGUUCCCAGUGUGCCCCAAGCUGGAGGUGGAGUUCGGGGACCUGCAGGACUGCGAGUUCACCUGGUUCAAAGAAACAGGCCCAGGCACCAGCCCUGAAGUUCCCGGAGAGGUCGAAGGUCAGGAUCCAAGCUGGACUCAGGUGGGAUGUGGGCGAGUCCACAUCCCGUCCAACAAGGACAUCGGCUCCAGACUCAAACUGCGCUGCACACCCAGAGAUGGAAGUCGCGGCGGCCUGGCCAAGGAGCUGGUCUCUGUGGGCGCCGUGGAGGCCGGACCAGGCAUGUGCACGUUUGACGACAGACACGCGUACACCGUCAAAGAGGCCGAGUGGCCCGCUGUGAGGGUGGUGUCCUACAACAUCCUUGCAGACGUCUACGCCCAGACAGAGCUGUCCAAGACGGUGCUCUACCCGUACUGCGCCCCGUACGCUCUGCAGCUGGACUACAGACAGAACCUGAUCAAGAAGGAGCUUGCUGGAUACAACGCUGACAUCAUCUGUCUGCAGGAGGUCGACCCAGGGGUGUUUGAGGACAGUCUGUCUCCGGCUCUCGAUGCCUUUGGUCUGGACGGAGUUUUCAAGCUGAAGGAUCGGCAGCAUGAAGGACUGAGCACCUUCUACCGCAGGUCCAAGUUCCAGCUGCUGAGUCGUCAUGACAUCAUGCUGAGUGAGGCGUUGACCUCUGACCCCAUCCACUCCGAGCUGCUGGAGAGGAUUUCUGCAAACAGCGAUCUGACCCUGAAGGACAGAAUACUGAAGAGAGCCACCUCGCUGCAGGUCAGUAUACUCGAGGACCGGAAGACACCCGGCAGGAAGGUGUGUGUGGCCAACACUCACCUGUACUGGCACCCGAAAGGAGGGAACGUUCGCUUGGUCCAGAUGGGCGUCGCCCUCAAACACCUGAGUCAUGUGAUCCGUGAGGUCGCACCUGGAGCUCCAUUACUCUUCUGUGGAGACUUUAACUCCACCCCUGCCUCAGGUGUGUUCCAGCUGCUCACUGAGGUGCUGGUUCCUCAGCAGCACGCCGACUGGAGCAGCUCGGGCCCGGACGAGUCCUGCAGCAUGGAGCUGCUCUCGGGUUUCCCCCCCCUGCUGAGCGCCUGCGGCCAGCCGGCCUACACCAACUAUGUGGGGGGAUUCCAGGGCUGCCUGGAUUACAUCUUCAUACAGCCCGACAGCAUGCAGGUGGAGCAGAUGAUUCCUUUGCCCAGUCACCAGGAGGUCACGACCUAUAAGGCUCUGCCCAGUGUGGCCCACCCGUCUGACCACAUCGCCCUUGUGUGUGACCUGCGCUGGAGCCCCUGACCCCUUGACCUCUGACCUCCAGUCUCCUGGUUCAAGAUGCUUGAGAACGGAAAAUACUUCAUUUUUAAUAUUUGAAUGAAAACAUGAGUAACUGGAGAUCAGUAAAAAUCAACAAAAACAUGAACUACACAGUUGAGUUCAUGUCAUAUUAUUUACAGUCAUGAAUAUCAAGAAUGUUUUAUCAUCACUGAUAUUCAGUGUUGGAUUUGUCACUUUUAAGAAAAAGUUAUUAAUUACAUCUUGCUUGUUAAUUCUUUCAGAAGUGAUUCUCUGGCUGGUUCUUCUUCGCCUUCUCAAACAGCCGUUAUAACUCAUUUUAGACCAGGUGUAAACUGAAUGGUUAUAAUAUAAGUAUUUAUUAUUUUUAAUAUGGUCAAACAAGUUGCCUGAAUUGUAAAAUAAAUUAUAGUCUACUGAAACGUC